GGACGGGAUUUGGCGUGGAUACCUUUCACAAACAACAAACCACGCGACGCGCCGAGAUCACGAGACUAAAAUCAAUUGUGGCAAGACCGCCGGGAUCAGCGACAAAAGUUAGGCUUGCAGCAGGCAGCGCAAGCAGUGAGUAGAGCAGAGCAAGGAGCAGAGGAAGAGCAUAUCUAAGAGUCUGACCUUAUAAACUUGAGGGUAAUUCUGAACCAGACUGCCAGACUGAGUAGCAGGGUGUCUUGCAUUAGUAGUAUGCCAGGUACAGCAAAGUUCAAACCUUGUUCGUUUCAUGAUCAUGAGAAGGCUGACGAAAUGUUGACGUGGUCUACUGCACAAUUGUAAGGCUGACACUCAGGCUCGAGACAUCCUCAAGCUAGGUCGCUACUAGGAGCGUAUCAAUCUUUUAGAUUAGACGGAGUUGCGGAUUGCAAAAUCUGCGAACCGCGGGCAGUGCUGCAAUUCACGCUUUCCUCAUGUUAUCAUUGUCAGACUGGAUCACGACUCUUUCAUUGGUGUUCGGAGGUUGCUGCAGCAAUGCCAUCACCUUGGAGCACAUCACGUCUCGAUACCCAAACUCUGGCGUCCUGAUCACCUUUUUCCAGUUCCUCAUAGUUUCACUAUAUGGACUGCCCAAGCAAUUCACAUUCGACGACCCCCAGGAAUCUAACAUGCAUCGGACGGACCGAAUGGUUCUGAGAUGGCUUCCUCGGCUGAAGAAGCGGAAAGUACCUCUGCUACCUUAUUUCAUCCAGGUUCUGAACAAUGCCGCUUUUGCCUACCACAUUCCUAUGACCGUGCACAUCGUGUUUCGCAGCGGCGGCAUGAUCAUAAACAUGAUCCUGGGAUGGAUGUUCACGAAGAAGCGGUUCGUGUUUCGCCACAGCAUUUUCGACGUGUAUACUGUGCGACAAGUCGCUUCCGUGCUUGUGGUCACAGCCGGCAUCAUAAUGACCACCCUCUCUGCCUCAAAACCCAAAUCCGGUGUUGCCGCAGCAGACAUAACUGACGUCUCACUCUACGCACUGGGCAUCUCCAUCCUUGCCCUUGCCCUCGUUCUCUCAGGUUUUCUGGGACUCGUUCAGGACUGGGUCUUUGCACAAUACAUCGCACCCUCUCAAACUCAAGCUGCCUCCGACCCCACAGAACAGCCUUCAUGGCAGGAAAGCAUGUUCUACCUCCACUCCCUCGCUCUCCCCUUGUUUUACUUCUCCAAAGACAACAUAUCCGCAGAGCUCACAAGCAUGGGUUCUAGUCCGCCAGUUUUCCUUUCCCAGUCUGGACCUCUUGCACCAUACGAGGCAGGCCUCGUGGUACCCGCGAUAUUUUUCUAUCUCCUCCUGAACACGUUUACGCAACUCGUGUGUGUCGUUGGAGUCAACAGGCUCACUGGGCGUGUCUCUUCACUGACCGUGACCCUCAUUCUUACUGUGCGCAAGGCCGUCUCAGUUAUUGCUGAGCGUCGCAGGAUUUGGGCCGGCGCGACGUUGGUAUUCAUUGGCACUAUCGCGUAUUCGACCAGAAGCAAGUCAAAAGAGAAAAGGGAGAAGAAAGAUUAG